AAGAAAGUAGGAUCUCAUCUCAAAUAGUAUAUAAUAUACAACUAGUGUCCAAUAUAUAAGUAUAUAUAUAGAAUACCAUAUUGGCUGAAAUACCAAUUAAACAAAUUAAUUAUUUUGAAUGGUUAUGUUAUAGACCACACAGAAAUCCUAAAAAUAGUAAUUAUAUUAUAGUGUUAGAUCAUAGUCAGUCUUCAACUUUUAUUUAUGUAUUUUGUAAUGAAAAUGCGGAACAUAAAUAACUGUGUUUAUAACAACCAUUAAAAUAAAAUGAAGAGUUUUUCUAAGAAUUAAGUGCUGUAAAUUAUGAAAAAGUAUAUUUCAGAAAAUGGUCUCCUCGCCUCAGAAAAAGUAACCAUUCUCGAAGAACCCAAGCAAUUUAAUUCUACACAUGGAUUGAUACGUGCUGAUGAUCUCGUUUUAAUGAUCAACUCAUUUAUAAUAAUGUUUGUAAUAAAGCAAUGAUGGUGAGAAGAUAUAGUUGUGGUUCUUGUAAUCGAUCCUACAAGAACAAAAGUACACUUGGAAGACAUCGUAGGUAUGAAUGUGGAAAAGCUCCCUUUUACAAAUGUCAGUUAUGCCAAAAACAAUUUUACCAAAAACACCACUUAAAAAGCCAUGUAUUCAAUAGGCAUCCCGAAUUUAGACUUCUUAGAUUUUGAAUCAUUAAUGAACUACAUGUUUGUUGUUCAUUGUUAAUAUUCUCUUGUUAAUUAUUUUUUUGUUUUUCGCUUAAGAUUUUUA